AUGGGCGACGACAAAACCACCACCGGCUUCGAGAAUCCGACUUGCGAAAUCGCUUUGGACAGCGAUACGACACAUAGUAAUGGGCAGGCACAUCGUGGUAGGUUUGAGAGAGGAUGGUGGAAUUAUCAUAUGCUGUUACAGUACCAUAAGGGUUACUUUUUAGGUGUUUUUAACAUUAAAGUCAUAAGAACUAGAUAUCUUACUACUUAUUACAAGAGUUAUAUUUAUACAAACACAGUUUUUAUGUUUUACUUUGAAGAUACGAACGCACAGUUGAGCGAAAUAGCUUUGGAUGACUCGAAUUGGACCAAAAGCGAAGCCGCCAAACCGAAAUUGGAGCCGAAAUCAGAGAAAAAGAAGCCGGUUGAGAAGUCAUCGUCAGAAUCCACAGAAUCUUCAGCUGACGAUGUUGACAGAAAACCUUUGAGUGAGUAAAUACGGUUUUCAAUCAUUAUUGUGGUUUAUUAUGGACGUAUUUAAUAUUACAUUCAAACCCUUAAAAUACGAUUUACGAAUAUUUAUUAUAAGAUUUAUUGUACAUUACUUGCUGCUGCAUAGUAUAUCACUAACUUACUAAAUACAUAUAAUACGACAUCUAAAAAGACAAAACUUAUAAUUAGUGAUAACCACAAGAUCGCAAUAUACUAUACUCGAUAUUACUUUUAGAAACAGGUAAAGUGUUGACUUUAAUCUACCCUUCGAAUGAACACUUGGCCUGGCUUACCCCGCCCAGCUACAGUUUCGAAAAAAUGCCAAAAAGUUUGAGUUCAAGAGAAUUCCAAGUACCUCAUAGUGAAUAUAGAAGGUUCAUGGCUACCAUUACAGAUGACAUACGAUUUAAAAGGUACGACAAAUGUUUCAAUUUUUGCAUUUUUAAAUUUUUAGAUUACUGUAAAAUUUAAGUACUGAAGUAAACGUUCUUAAAAGUUUUGUCGUUCCGGUCAAAAAGUUUCAAGAACUUAAUUUUUCAAUUAAAAGUUUUUAAUUUUGAAAAAGUACGACGUAAAACAGUUCUUUUGAUGUUACUUUUAGUUAUGUAGUACUAUUCUCUCGAGCAGUACCCAUCUGGGUGAUGACUUCAGUUAUAUUGUUGAUGUUAAUGUUGUUCACGAGUCAAGACGGUGGUCUGCAUGUCAUGGUGUUCACAAUCCUAUGGGGAUUAAUGCUCUGUAUUGGUCUUGGCUUUUGUAUUUUACUUAGGAAAUAUGUAAGUUAUAGGUAUUCGUAGGACAUUUUUAUGUAAAUAUUACUUAUUACCGAAACUAGGAUCUUUGGACUGAAAAAAAGGGGGGGGUUUUAUUUAAAAUUGGAUUUUUUUCAACGCAAGCUUUAUUUAUGACUAAUAAAAUCUUGUUUUAGCUGGCAAACGGACUAAAUUUAGUGGUGCGAGAUGCGAACGACCAAGCAAUCAAACAUAACUUACUUGUUGGAGUACAAGAUCGAGGGCAAAUGUCAUGUCAUAAAGUUGUGGUAAGUUUAUCGUUAACAACUUUUGACCCAUUAGGUUGCUCAAAUCACUCUGUGCUUUCUAGCUUCAAUUUGCUUUGAGAGGGGGCACAGAAUUAUGUGAACAACCUAAUGUUUGAGGGUGGCGAAAGGUACAAAACCCUCUUUACGACUCUGUUUCUCGUAUUUUGUACAACACUAUAUAGUACGAAAUGUUGUAUAAGGCUAUGAAUUAUUUUUGUCUCAAUUUUAGUUAGUGUUAAUGUACUACGACGUAAAAGAAUGUCAGGAUGAUAUAAAGCGUGUUGUGAGAGUACACUUGGCCAACGCUCCAGUGAAACAAGAAAUGCCUCCAGAAGCCGAUCUUGAUGCCCAGGCUAGAGAGUUUAUCGUGGAGCACAGUCAACCUUACAUUAAGGCUUACGCUAAGGUAGGUUUGCUUAUAGAGUAGUAAAGAUACUACAAGAUAUACAAAUACUAUGUAGCUUUCAUGCUUUUAUCGCGAUUGUUUUAUCAGUAACACGGUAAUUAUCGUAAUACUGAUAAAAUUUUAUUUUAAGGUAUAAAAUGUUAUGGUAUCUAAUCUCUGUAUUACCAUGUCUUUACCUAUAUAUAACACGUGAAAUGAUCUUACAUGUAUUAGUAUAAUAUUUUAUAUGCCUUUUGUACAACAUGAUUUCCUUCAGAAGCAGCUACUGUUCCCAACGAAGCCUUCAGAAGGCGUCAGCGAGUUCCGACCCAAACAUUGCCAGAGUUCUAUUUGUAUAUGUCAGUAUGUCGAACAGGUAUGUCCAUUACAUAAUUAAUUCAAUAUUUUUAAUAAAAGUAUUAUACUACAUAUUACAUUUGACAACACUUUUAUACCUGUAUACGUAUGUCAAAGUUAAACGAAAAGGCCAAAUAAAGCGUAUUUUACCAAAUUUCAGAAAGUAUUCCAAAAUCUACCUUUACUCGGAUAG